AGGCAACAACAAUGCUACAACACGGAAACGGUGCCACGGCACACCGAGUCCACUGACGCUAACGAAGGCAAAGCAUCUCGUACUAGUAAUACUCUGCUUCUGCUCCAUAUAACACGGGCGCACGCAGGACGCGCAGCCAGCCACGCUCCUCUGCCAUACCACGGAGACCCUCCACUCCGUCGCCUCGUCUCGCCACCACCCGGCCUAGCGCCAUGGACGGCGCCGGACCGCCGCCCGCGGCAUCCGCCGACGGCGCCCCCUCCCCCUCCGGCAAUCGGACUUCCAUCCUCGGCCUAUCCGCCGAGGCCGCCGCGGUGGCCGCCGCCGCCGUGCUCCUCAUCCUCCUCGUCGCGGCCGCGUUCCUCGCCCGGCGCCGACGCAAGAAGAACAAAAACCCGCAGUCGUCCCGCGUCGACCACGCGCUCUCCUCCGGCUCCUCGCUGCUCCCGACCUCCACUACACCGCCCAAGCAGAGCAGCAAGUACGCGGAGGUCGUCGUGGGCACGAGCUCCUCCGACGCGGCCGGCUCGUCGUCGGCGGCGGCCAGCUCGCUGGAAUCGCCGCCGAGGGGGAACAAAUUGGGGAGGAUCAGCGCAGCUGCGGCGGGGGUGGAGAUGGGGUGGGGGCGGUGGUACGAGCUGGAAGAACUGGAGGCCGCCACGAGAGGGUUCCGCGCGGAGAACGUCGUCGGGGAAGGCGGCUACGGCACGGUGUACCGAGGCGUGCUCGACGGCGGCGAGGUCGUCGCCGUCAAGAACCUCUUCGAUCACAAGGGUCAGGCCGAGCAGGAGUUCAAGGUGGAGGUUGAAUCCAUCGGCAGAGUGAGGCACAAGCACCUCACCGGCCUCAUCGGUUACUGCGCAGAAGGGCCGAAACGGAUGCUCGUGUACGAGUUUGUUGAGAACGGCAACUUGGAGCAGUGGCUGCACGGGGAUGUUGGGCCCGUCAGCCCGCUGACAUGGGAGAUACGGCUGAAAAUCGCCAUCGGGACGGCCAAAGGUAUCGCGUACUUGCACGAAGGGCUGGAGCCGAAGGUGGUGCACCGGGACAUCAAGUCGAGCAACAUCCUGCUGGACAAGAAGUGGAACCCGAAGGUGUCCGACUUCGGCAUGGCCAAAGUCCUGGGCGCCGGCUCCAGCUACGUGACGACCCGCGUGAUGGGCACGUUCGGGUACGUGGCGCCCGAGUACGCGUCGACGGGGAUGCUGAACGAGAGCAGCGACGUCUACAGCUUCGGCGUGCUGCUGAUGGAGCUCGUCUCCGGGAGGAGCCCCGUGGACUACAACAGGCCGCCCGGGGAGGUGAACUUGGUGGAGUGGUUCAAGGGGAUGGUGGGGAGCCGGCGCGUGGAGGAGCUCGUGGACCCGCGCAUCGUCGAGGCGGCGCCGGCGGCCAGGGCGCUGAACAGGGUGCUGCUGGUGUGCCUCCGCUGCAUCGACUCCGACGCCCACAAGCGGCCCAAGAUGGGCCAGAUCGUCCACAUGCUCGAAGGCGACGAGUUCCCCUUCCGCACGGAGCACCGCUCGCCGCGAGCGGCGCACCGGCCGACGACCAACGCGCGGGCGUCGCUGCUGUCCGACAAGGUCGGAGCCGAUGACUCGGACAGAUCCAUGUGGAGAUGAGCGAGCGUACGUAGAGCACGAACCUGACGCGAGGAGCUGAGCUGACUCUUUUUCUCUCCGGUGUACAUUUUUGUUUAUUUGCUCCAUGUUCGUUUGGGUUUAUGGUGUUCGCGAGUGGAGUAGGUGAUGCAUAAUUGACACGACCGUUUUUCAGUUUUAAUUUUUUUGUAAUGCAGUGGCUGAUUGGGCUUGAUGCUAAUGCUAUGGUGUAUAAAUAGAGGCGUCUAAUGGUAGUAUUAUUAUGGUGUAA